GAUCAAACGCGUAUCGUAUCGAUGACUAUAAAAGCGGCAAGAUGAAAAGAUUGGCAUGCAGUGCAUUCACCGAACGCCCCUCACGAUGGUGAUUCGUGCACUUGGAGUAGUGCUCCUUUUUUCACUUGUCGCGACCCUUUCAGGGUUGCCGACUAUCGAACCAAAAGACGCAGCAGUGAAUACAUAUGAAGAACACACAUUGUCGACCGAGUUACAACCGCCGCCGAUCGAGGAAAAGGAACGCCAUGCUAUAGUUUACGUAAUUAACAUGUACGCUGUAAAAAAUAACAGCGGUAAUACAUCAGAAGAAAUACUUGAAAAUGAAAUCAUCGAAACUGUUCCUGAGAUAUUAGAGCCAUUGGCCACUAUUCUCUUAGUAAUAGAAGAUGAUGAUGAAGAAAAAGAAAAACACUCACCCGCCGAUCUCGAUGAAUAUGCGGCAGAAUUAGAAAGUCAAGGUAUCAAAGUUGACAAGAUCGGUAUGAAUAAAUCGAAAGUGCUGAAAAUGAAAUUGCAAAAGGCAGAGGCGGAGAAGAUGAUAGAAUCGGCUUCGAAGCCGAUUUAUGAGAAAAAAGAUCGACAGAAGAGAACUAUCUGUAAGAAGUGCGGAGGCGGAGGAUAUGGCGGGGGAGGAUAUGGCGGGGGAGGAUAUGGCGGGGGUUGUCCCACUUGCGGAGGUGGGUAUCCUAGUUGUCCUACUUGCGGUGGAGGUGGUGGAGGGUACCAACCACAACCAGUAAGGGUAGUACCGGUUGUAUUAGUUCCUAUUACAGGAGGAGGAGGAGGAGGACGUCCAUAUAAAGGCGGCGGCGGCGGUGGAUAUUAUCCUCCAAGCGGAGGAGGAGGCGGCUGUAGUACUUGCGGUGGCGGAGGCGGAGGCGGAGGUUCGUACUCCCAAUCUUCUGCCCAAGCUUCGGCCUCUUCUUCUUCUGGAGGCUGGGGAAAAUGAACAGAGUAUACAUAACACAAAUGUGUUGCCAUUAAUGAUUUAUGCUGCCUUCAUCUUCGAGAUAUUCGAUAGAAAAUUUUUUCAAAUAUUUCGCAUCACUAUAUCUAAAUAAACAUUACUUGAUAAUACUCUCAAAAUAUUUGUAACACAUUCGUUUAUAUGAUAUACAUUGUAUUGGCGCAUGUUAGUUGUGAAUAAAUAAAAAACAAAUUCAUCUUUAAUGUAAAACA